AUGUCACGAAGACUGAUGCAUUCGCUGCGCAUGCAUCAAACUUCGACGCCGCCUCCACCGCCACCCCCGCAGGAUGCGUUUGAAACGGCGAGUUUGCCAUCGCCCCUUGCUAACGACAAUCGACCAUGCAGUGAAGGUUACAUGCCCCCCUAUGAAUUUCAGAAUGAUACCACCUCUGUACCUUUGUCUGCUGGUAGUGGUGGUGGGUUCUUGGGACUACGGAAGAAGCAAAAAGACCCUACUGCCAAAGAGGCCAAACAGGCCGAGCGUCAACGACGAAAAGAUGAAGUGAUUGCGAUGCGUGAACGUUCUCGUGCUGUGAUACAAAAGCGCGUUGAUAUCAUGAAUAAGGAUCACGUAUCCAAAGCCCCUGUAGGAUGGGUUGACUACAGUGUGUAA